AUGGCAGCAGACGAGCCAGCCGCGGACAAAGGCCCCUCCAACCCUGAACUCGACAUCAAGAAGCUCCACGCGCUACCUUCAGAACAGCAAGACCUCUACUUGCUGACCUUCAGCUCGGACCUCGCCCGCCAUGUGGCCUCCUUAGAUGGCGACGGCGCCUCGGCCCACCAGAUAUACAUUAAGAAGGAGAUAUUCCAGAUCGUCAACUUCGCGUCCCCCGCCCCCACACGAGUGAUCCGAAACAACUUGGGACGAGCAAUUGCGGGCAUAUUCGAAAAGGGAGACAGGAAGCUGUUAUUUGAGUCUAUCAACGAGUCGGUUGGCAUAAUCAACGCGGCAGGAAAGAGCGAGAAAGAUGUGAGGACGAAGCAUGCGGCUGUGCAUUGCCUGGGCGCCAUCUUCGAGGCCGCGGGCGAUAGCGCUAUAGGCCUGUCCCCACUGGCUGUCAAGUCGCUGCUAGGACUCAUUAAGUUUUCGCAAAACUACACCGGACUACGAGCGGCAGUGUUCAAGGCUGUGGGCAAGGUCUUCAAAGGCGUCAGCUCGCACGCCGAUGAACUCAUUGCGAGAGACGCGUGGAAGCAGGCGCGCAAUGCUGGCAGCGACAAAUCCUACCUUGUUCAGACAGCGGUGUUCUACUGUCUGGAACAACUACUCCGGCACACGACCUUCUUCGACAAUUCGAACGACUUCGAUAAAUUGCAGAAUGUAGCUUGGAAGGCGAUUGAUAGUCCCUCGUCGUCUGUGAGACGCGCUGUUGCAUCGUGCAUCAGCGCUGCGUUGGUCAAGAACUACUCUGAGAACGCGCCAGUUGACCUUCCCAUCCUUGGCAUUACCCGUUCGUCGACCGCGCAGAAGAAAAAGAAGAACAGAAAACCAGGCGAUGACGACGGUGAUGAUGUGGUUAUGGAGCGCUCAGAGUCUCCGGCACCCAAGAAGUCGGCUUACCAACUCUCUUUCACCAUCGCGAGUCUUCUCAAACUGCUUGCGACACAAUACUGCCGACCCCAAGCUGGCAAUCGCGCACGAGCUGGAAUUGCCGUGUGCUACAUCAAGACCAUCAAGGGGCUGGGCGAGCAGAUCGUCGAGACCAAAUAUCCAGAAAUCGCGCGCAGCUUAUUCACGGACAUUCUCAGCAACAAUGUCAUUGUACAGAAUCGCUACCGCACACUUAGCACUAGGAAGUUCGUUGCCGUCAUACUGGAAACAGUCAUUGGCCGCGAGAUGCUUGGAGAAUCUGGCCAGCUCAAUGCCGCAAGGUUUUUGGUCAAUGAGAUAUUAAAAGACUAUCCACAGGCGCUCAAGGAACGACCAGAGCCAACAAAGCAGACUUUGAUCGGGGCACUGAGUACAAUGUCCUCACUCUUCAAUAGUUUGGGAUCCGCUACAAAUGUCAUUGCGGACUCUUGCCGCGAUGCACUUCUCCAGGUCUUGCAGCAUCCGAGUUACACAGUUCAGGUGACCGCUUCCGCCUGUCUGCGCUCUUUUGUGCUUGCGUGUCCACUUCAGUUACUGCCAGCAGUUACGAUCUGUAUGAACAGCGUCAACCGAGAGCUUGGUCUUCUUGCUGGACCGAGACAAUCACCCAGAAAGUGCGUUGGUCUCGCGAACGGCCUUUCUGCUGUACUCAGCACAUCUACGUCUCAACCACUCCAUGGGUCCGUGGAUGUAAAUUCGAGAGUACUCCAACAAGCCACUUCACUCCUCAAGUCGGCGAGCAACUCAGAUCUGAGGAUUGGUUCAACUCAGAUUCAAGUCGCAUGGAUCCUGAUCGGAGGCUUGAUGACUCUCGGUCCUAACUUUGUCAAGAUACAUCUUUCCCAGCUACUCCUGUUGUGGAAGAAUGCGCUUCCGAAACCCCUAAACAGAGACAAUAUGGUGCAAAGGAACUACCUAGAACUCUGCUUCCUGGCACAUGUUCGGGAGUGCGCUUUAGGCUCUAUCUUGACCUUCUUGGAGUUCAACAGCCGCAUCUUAACGCUUGACGUUACGAAAAGACUGGCAGCGAUGCUGCAAAAUACAACAAUGUUCCUGAAUACCCUACCGGCUAAGAAGACAACGGAUGAUAUGUCUCAACGUCUGUCACCCGCACUUCAACUUCACGACUUUGAUCUCAUGGUCCGGAGGAGAGUGCUUCAAUGUUACACCAAACUUGUCGAGUUGAGUCCAGCAAGUAGCCAUGAGGUCUUACUUCAGACAAACUUGUUACCUUUCGCCAUCGCAUCCUUCGCAGAGCCGGACAACUAUACCACAAGCUCAUUUAGUACGGCAAUCGCAAGUGCUGCAGGAACAUUCGAAAGCAUAUGGGAGGUGGCUGACAACCAUGGCUUCGGUGUCACUGGACUGGUGCGUGGUUUCGACAUCACACCUCUUCCUGGAGAGCAAGAUACUGGUACCCACCAUCACUGGCUCACGAGGCAUGGACCUGAGUCGAUUAUUGACCGCACGCUUCUAUCACCCAUCUGUGGUGCUCGUGAACACGAUUCAAUAUCCCUGUACAUCAGGACAUCAGACGAGAGUCAUGAGCUUCCCGACCCACCAGCGACUGAAGUCGUCAACUCGGCACUUCAGUUGUUUGCGAUUUGUCUACCACUCCAAACUGCUAGGAUCCAAGAAAGCAUUUUGGAGCAGAUGACAUCAUUCCUUUCCGCAAGUAGCCUGCAACGCGAUAUUAACAGAAAGACGGCCAUGAUGGUCAAUAUUGCAUAUGCGGUGCUAUCUGCUCUAAAGGUUGCAGUCAAGGAGACCCGCUCGGCUCCAGGAAGUCUGAAAGGACCGGCGGUCGAGAAGGUGAUGCAGGAUCUGUUGCAUCUUUUCGUUGUCCUUCCCGACCCGUUCAUCCGCAACCUUGCUAGUGAAGCUUUGGGUCGUCUGUGCAACAGCUCUGGAAACGCUCUCACCACCACUGAGGUAAACUACCUGGUCGAUCAGAUCGUCGCUAAUCGGGAACCCAAUGCUCGUUCUGGGUAUGCUGUCGCGCUUGGCUGUAUACACUCUCAGCUCGGUGGUAUGGCUGCUGGCUUUCAUCUCAAGAAUAUACUUGGAAUACUGAUGUCGCUCGGCAAUGAUCCCCAUCCGGUUGUGCACUUCUGGGCCAUCGACAGUCUAUCGAGAGUUGCUGACUCCGCCGGUCUAUCCUUCUCCAGUUAUGUCACCAGUACGCUCGGCAUGCUAGCGCAACUGUAUGCCGCCGACACACACAAUGAUGAAUCAAUGUCUCCGGCAUAUUCAAACAUUGAGAUCGACAUACCUACCCCCGCCGUAAUCGCGCGAUGCGUCGACAGCACGAUCAACGUGCUUGGGCCGGACCUGCAAGAUGUUGCAAAGGCAAGAGAUCUGAUCAUGACUCUUGUCGGCCUCUUCCAGGGCGAUGCGGAUGAGCUGAUCAUCAUCGAGAGUCUUCGUUGCCAGGAACACAUUUCGCUAUACGCGCCUGGCCAUAUGGAGUUCUCAGCCUACGUGAAACAAUUGCAACGGGCGGUUGAAAGCAGCUCGACACAAAUCCGUGACAUGGCUAUCGACGGGUUACACAACCUCAUGAGGCGCAACACGGAGGAAGUCAUACGCGCUGCCGAUCCCGGUCUGGAAGAUCAGCUGUGGCAUGUUCUCGAUCGUGACUCUGAGCAUGAAGUGGUGCGCAAUAUCAUCCGCAACUGGCUGCAUCAGACUGGCUUAUCGGACACCGCGACAUGGGUGCAGCGAUGCCACUCAGUCCUCACAAAAACGAAGAAGGUCGAGACACAGGACAAGAUCGAAUCGAAGCCAAAAGCAGGAGCGACUGAUUUGCAGGACGAGGAAGUCGCGGGCUUUGCAUCAGCGUCUAAUGCGCCUGGGGCUGAGGCUGGAGAUGGCGCUCAAGUCAGUCAGGAACUACUCAAAUGGCAAGUGCGAACAUUCGGUAUGGAUUGCUUGAGCGAGCUCGUUGCGAUGGUGAGCAAAGAGGCCACAUUCAGAGAGGAGUCACCCUGUGUCAUGGCCUUGCAGCAGAGGGUUGCUGAUGUUGUGCGCAUCGCUUUCUCUGCAUCGACCGCCGGUGUAGUACAACUGAGGAUUCGCGGCUUGAAGAUUAUCGACCAAGUGCUCAAGCUGUUCGGCAAAACACCCGAUCCCGACUUCGCCGAAGUCACUUUGCUCGAGCAGUACCAAGCUCAAAUUGGUUCAGCUCUUACCCCAGCGUUUGCAGCAGACUCAUCGCCCGAGCUCGCCGCUGAAGCUGUCAACGUAUGCGCCACUUUCAUUGCUACCGGAAUCGUUACAGACGUAGAUCGAAUGGGUCGUAUCCUCAAGUUGCUCGUCUCAGCGCUUGAGAACUUCUCCAGCGAAUCCGAAACCGCAGCAAUCGGCGAUCUCAAGGGACUCAGCUCGAACGCUCAAGUCAUGGUCAAAAUGGCAGUCUUCUCAGCAUGGGCAGAACUGCAGAUUGCGAGUGCCGAGCAAAGCUACUUGGUGGAUGUAUUGAAGCCGCACAUCGCAAAAUUGACUCCUCUUUGGCUAGCGUCGCUUCGAGAGUAUGCCCGCCUGAGGUUCGAGCCCGACAUAUCCUCUUCCAUGGGCUCUGCCUCUCUAUCUGGAAGUCUGGACACAAUCUAUGCUGCGCUCAACCGCGAGACGCUUCUGAAGUUCUACCAAGAUACCUGGCUCAACCUUGUAGAUGCAAUUGCCAGCCUCAUCGACGAAGACAGCGAAUUUGUCUUUGACGCUCUAGACGGCAAGACUGAAUUGUCAGAAUCCACCCCUAAUGGGAAGUCUGAUCACAUCAACUACCGCGAUGAGCCUGUUGCUUUCUUCUUUGUUCUGUUCGGUCUCGCAUUCGAAGCAUUAGCAGGCCGCCCAGGUGAUCUGCAAGCAUCCAAAGAGCAAAUUCUGGAGAUAUUGCAGGCACUGAAGAAGAUUCUGCGCCCUUCAGUAUCCGGCCAUGCGAUAUACCGAGAGGUUGUAUUCUCUGAAACAAUGGACAUGCUAGACAGGCUCGUGCUCACUGAAGGCUUGACGGUUCAAACAGUCAUCGUCGAGAUCACACGAAACCUAUGUCUUGGCCAUCCAUCUGCACGCAGAGACCAAGGAACUACCGCCGCGGAUGAGCAUCUUUCCGAAGAUAUUGAUCAGCUAUUCGAAUUGACCAAGAUCAUGGUGCUAGUCCUGUCCGGACUCGUGCCUGGGCUGGAAGACAGCAAAGCUAAGGCGCGCCACGAGAUGAAUGAAGAGGCGGUCGCUCUACUGACGACGGCACUCUCCGCGCUCGUAGAUGCCGCGCAAGUCUUCCCAUCGAUCAUCAAGGCUGACCUCCACGCUUGUAUCCUUCACAUUUUCGCGACUAUACUAAGCACUGGGGCAUGCCAAACCACAGUCAUUCCUCAAGCACUUCCAAUUUUCAAGCGCUUCAUCACCAGUCUCGCACCGCAUGCCGAAGGAACGGAUGACACAAGCAAGCAACUCCGCGCAACUCUUUCGCGCUUCCUCGCAAUUCUCAGAUACGCGCAGCAGCGUGAGUUUGACGCUGCUCUUGCAUGUGAGAAGAACACUGUUCUUGCGACUACCAUCUUACUGAGCUCCGCCGCUUCUGCGUUCUCACCUGAUGAUCCGCUCGUCAAGCGCUUCAUCGACGACCUAUUCGAUUGUCUCGGCACGGUAACAACGAGCAAGGUAGCAGCAGGCUGCUGUCGCUCACUGCUGCUUCUACCCAAGAAAGGCGCUCUUGAGACGAGCCUUGCCAAACUCAUCCUUCCCCCAACACUCGCCUUCUUGGCGACGCCCUCUGAUGUAGAGGGUCUUGACGAUUCUCGCACAACGCUCGCACAGACUCUUGUCACAUUCAUCUCCACAUUACCACAAUCAUCACAGCGCCAGACUGCGACCAAGAUCAUCAUACCUGCGCUGUUGGCACGGGCGCAGAAGGAGCCCAAGGCCAGCCAAGAGAUUGCGGCGCGCUUACUCGAGAUCGCUAGUGCGGAUCAGCAGGCGUUUAGGGGCGUGGUGACUGGGCUGAACGCCGACCAGAGGAGUUUUAUGGAGGGAGUGCUCAAGAGUGGGCAAGGGCCGAGAAGGCAGGAGGUUAGUAGGGAGGAUGACGGCAUGCCAAAGAUCGCGCUCAAGAUGGACUUUGGCUCAUAA